AUGGGGUGCGGGCAGUCCAGCCGGCCACCACCGCCCAGCACCGAAUUAACUAUCAAAUCGGCAAUCUUGAUCCAGAAAUGGUAUCGGCGAUGUCAGGCGCGAUUGGAGGCACGACGUCGCGCUACAUGGACCAUAUUCACUACGUUGGAGUACGCUGGAGAACAAGACCAGUUGAAGCUGUACGACUUCUUCAGCGACGUCAUCACCGCAAUGGUGAACAGCGAGAGCGUCGAGGACGGGAAUUCACCUUUCGCCUCCGCAAUCAGCUCGUAUGCGGCGCCGAAAGGAGAGGACGAUGAUCGAGCGUUUCUCGAACUAAUGGAAACGGCAAAUCCGAGCAAGAUAACGGUUGAGAAGAACUACAAAGGCCCAGUGCUUACACUUCCACUCGACAAGCAUCAAAUAGUCACCAUGAUCGACGCCUUCAAAGUGAACAGGAUCCUUCAUCCUCGCUAUGUGCUCACCUUACUGUUCGAAGCGCGUCGAGUACUGAAGGUACAUCCCACGAUUACUCGCAUUUCCACGUCCAUAUCGAAUCAGAUCACAAUUUGUGGCGAUCUUCAUGGCAAGUUCGAUGACCUCUGCAUUAUUUUGUACAAGAAUGGUUAUCCAUCUAGUGAUAAUCCCUACAUUUUUAACGGAGACUUUGUGGAUCGAGGAGGUCAAUCGAUUGAGGUUCUCUGCUCACUUCUGGCUCUGUUUGUAUUGGACCCGAAUUCAAUAACUCUAAAUCGUGGAAACCACGAGGAUCACAUAAUGAAUCUUCGCUAUGGCUUCUCAAAAGAAUUACAAACAAAGUACAAGGAUCACGCCGCAAACAUCUCGAAAGCUCUCGAAGACGUAUUCUCAUGGCUUCCAAUCGCUGCGAUCGUCGACAAAGAUAUUUUUGUUGUACAUGGCGGCAUCUCGGAUAAGACUGAAGUUGCACAUUUGGAAAAGAUCCACAGAAAUCGGUAUCAGUCGGUACUUCGACCACCAGUACGGAAAGGAGACGGAACGAAUUCUGUGAAUACAGAGGAAUGGAAGCAAAUGCUCGACAUUCUCUGGAGUGACCCUAAGCAGAACAAAGGUUGCUGGCCUAAUGUUUUCCGCGGUGGAGGUUCGUAUUUUGGAGCCGACAUUACUUCUUCAUUUUUAGAGAAGCACGGGUUCAGCCUUAUCGUACGAUCACAUGAAUGCAAAUUCGAGGGCUAUGAGUAUAUGCAUAACAAAACAGUACUAACAAUAUUCUCAGCGUCCAAUUAUUACGAACUCGGCAGUAACCGGGGCGCAUACGUCAAAUUCAUCGGACGCAACAAACAGCCCCACUUUGUACAAUAUAUGGCAACGAAGACACAUAGAAAAAUCACUAUGCGCGAGCGACUGAAUGUUGUGGAAGAGUCCGCCGUCAAGGAGGUUAGAGAUAAGCUGGGUUCUUUCAACAAUGAACUGCAGAAAGAAUUCGAGGCAUGCGACGUGCUGAAGAAAGGAGUUUUAACCGUCCACCAAUGGUGCGAAUGUGUGGAGAAGGUCACAGGACUGCAUCUACCGUGGCGUGCAUUGGCCCCGAAAGUCGCUACAUUGCACGAAGACGGAAGGCACGUUCUCUAUCAGAACCGGACCAUUGUGCAACUAGGAAAAGCCAAACAACAGGACACAGACGUGGUGGAAUCCUUGUAUCGCCACAAAAACACCUUGGAGACCUUGUUCCGCUUCAUGGACAAGGACAACUCAGGACAGGUUUCCAUGCAGGAGUUCAUCGACGCUAUUCAGGUGCUCGGAAAGUACACAAGGCGGACACUUUCAAAGGAUUACGUCGCCCAAAUAGCAGAAAGUAUCGAUUUCAACAAGGACGGAUUCAUUGAUCUCAACGAGCUGUUGGAGGCAUUCCGAAUAGUGGACCAGCAGAAUGGCAUUUAG